AUGGUCCUCCAGGAUCUAGGGCGACGCAUCAAUGCCGCCGUCAAUGAUUUGACCCGGUCCAGUAAUCUGGACGAGAAGGUGGCGUUCGAUGAUAUGUUAAAGGAAAUCUGCGCGGCGCUUCUCUCGGCCGACGUCAACGUCCGCCUGGUGCAGUCGCUGCGGAAAUCCAUCAAGUCCAGCGUCAAUUUCUCGUCGUUGCCAUCCGCCGUCAAUAAGAAACGUCUGAUCCAGAAGACCGUCUUCGAUGAACUCGUCGCCCUCGUCAACCCGCAUGCGGAGCCGUUCCGGCCCAAGAAGGGUCGGUCCAAUGUCAUCAUGUUCGUGGGCUUGCAGGGUGCCGGUAAAACCACCACGUGUACCAAGCUGGCGCGGCAUUAUCAGAUGCGGGGGUUCAAGACGGCGCUGGUGUGCGCCGAUACCUUCCGCGCCGGUGCCUUCGACCAGUUGAAGCAGAACGCGACCAAGGCCAAGAUCCCAUACUACGGCAGUCUGACGCAGACCGACCCGGCCGUCGUGGCGGCGGAGGGUGUCACCAAGUUCAAGAAGGAGCGGUUCGAGGUGAUCAUCGUGGACACCAGCGGUCGCCACAAGCAAGAGGCAGAGCUAUUCACGGAGAUGACGCAGAUCCAGACUGCCGUCACGCCGGACCAGACCAUCCUGGUCCUCGACAGCACGAUCGGCCAAGCCGCCGAGGCGCAGUCGUCGGCGUUCAAGGCGACGGCGGACUUCGGGGCGAUCAUCAUCACCAAGACGGACGGGCAUGCGGCGGGCGGCGGGGCGAUCUCGGCUGUGGCUGCCACACACACCCCCAUCAUCUUCCUGGGCACGGGUGAACACAUGAUGGACCUCGAGCGGUUCGAGCCCAAGGCGUUCAUCCAGAAGUUGCUGGGCAUGGGCGAUAUGGCGGGACUGGUGGAGCACGUCCAAGCGGUGACCAAGGACUCGGCGUCGGCCAAGGAGACGUACAAGCACAUCGCGGAGGGCAUCUACACGCUGCGGGAUUUCCGUGAGAACAUCACGUCGAUCAUGAAGAUGGGCCCGCUGUCGAAGCUGUCGGGGAUGAUCCCGGGCCUGUCGAACCUGACGGCGGGGCUGGACGACGAAGACGGGUCGCUCAAGCUGCGCCGCAUGAUCUACAUCUUCGACAGCAUGACGGCCAAGGAGCUGGACGGCGACGGAAAGGUAUUCGUCGAGCAGCCGCGCCGCAUGGUGCGCAUCGCCUGCGGCAGCGGCACAACGGUGCGCGAGGUAGAGGAUCUUCUGUCGCAACAUCGGAUGAUGGCGGGGAUGGCGAAGCGCGUGGGCGGCCAGAAGAAGCAGAUGCAGCGGGCCCAGAACAUGCUCAAGGGCGGGAACAAGGAGCAGCAGCUGGCGGCCAUGCAGAAACGCAUGGCCGCCAUGGGCGGUGCCAGUGGUGCUGGCGGCAUGCCGGGCAUGGGGGAUAUGGCCAAGAUGAUGCAGAUGCUGCAGGGACAAGGCGGAAACGGCGGAUUGCCGGGACUGGGAGGGAUGGAUCUUCAGGGGAUGAUGAGCCAGAUGAGUGGACUGAUGGGGGGACGACGAUGA